AUGGCGAUAAAGGUUCAUCUGCUCUUUGCUUUCCUGUGUUUGACCACUUCAGCUUCAUCACCGCACAGCUGUGGAAAGCGGCCCCUGGUCGGGGCGCCGGGCGGAUCUCGGAUAGUGGGUGGCCAGGACGCUCCCGAAGGGGCGUGGCCCUGGCAGGUCAGCAUCCAGAUCCUGUCCAGGCACCACUGCGGCGGAACAAUCCUCAACAACCUCUGGGUGCUGACCGCCGCACACUGCUUCCACAAGUACCAAUUUAUCAGUAAGCGUUAUUUCCGUGUGGUGGCGGGAGCAAAUGUCCUGUCCUCUCCUGGAGAACACGCCCAGAUCCGCUCCAUCAGCGAGAUUAGGAUGCAUGAGGACUAUGAUGACCGAACAUCCAACAAUGAUGUAACGCUGCUGCUGCUCAGCUAUCCCCUUCACGUCACCGACCACGUUCAACCCAUUUGCAUUCCUCGAAAUCGGACCUACGAGCUCAUGCUCAACUUCAGCCACUGCUUUGUCACUGGAUGGGGGAGCACUUACUACAAAGGCAAGAUGAUGGACCGACUGCAGGAGGUGGAGGUGGAGCUCAUUGACCACAGCAGGUGUAACCAGCUCAGCUGGUACGGCGGCAUCGUGACGGACAACAUGCUGUGUGCGGGACAGGAGAGCGGGGGGGCGGACUCCUGUCAGGGCGACAGCGGGGGCCCGCUGCAGUGCUACAGCGACAACGCCGAGAGCUUUUACGUGAUAGGGGUGACCAGCUUCGGGGAGGAGUGCGGCCUUCCUCGCAGACCAGGGGUGUACGCGCGGACCAGCAGGUUUUCCGACUGGCUGGAAGCGAGUCAGGCGGAAGCGGCCUCUGCCGCACGGCGUCUGAACACCGGGCCGAUGGCGGCCCUGCUCAGCCUCGCUCUGAUGCUGCUCUGA